AUGGCGUCUAGGAAUAGGGAAAAUGGCACCAGACUUCGAAGAAAAAGUACAAGAGAAUUAAUUGGAGAGGAACGAAAGAUCUCAAGUUAUUACAACUUUGUUACGGACGGUGAAGAAAUCGACAGUGAUUUACCUGUACCAAACUUGUCCUUUGGCCUCGCAUCCACCCUUGUUACCUGUGUGUCUGUUCUUUGUUAUUAUAAUUCAUGCAAAGGCGAGUUUGUCUUCGACGAUUCUGAAGCAAUUGUGGCGAACAAGGACUUGACGCCCGACAUCCCGCUUGGAGAAUUGUUUUAUCAUGACUUCUGGGGUGCGAACAUCAGUUCCAACACCAGCCACAAAAGCUAUCGUCCCUUCACUAUCCUAACAUUUCGAUUCAAUUAUUGGCUCGCAGAAGGACUGCAUCCCUGGGGGUUUCAUGUUGUCAAUGUCACACUCCAUGCUGUGGUGUCAGUCUUAUGUCUGAAACUCUUUUCGAUCAUUUUCAGUGGUAAAAAUAAUGUUAAAUUUUAUUGUGAUAAUAAUUCCUCCGCAAGAACUCAUUUCACAGCCUCAAGGGCAAGUUUAGUCGGUGCGAUCCUUUUUGCUGUUCAUCCAAUCCACACAGAGUGUGUAAGUACGAACAUUUAUUUUAUUUCACUGUUAAAUUUUUACUUAUUUGACCUUAGCGUAAGUUAAGAGUUAAGUAAUUUUAACAUCUCAUUAUUAUUUAAUGUUGUCCUUUCCAAGCUUGUCGCAGGUAGUUUAAUUGAAAGCUUACUUGCAAGCUUGAAUUUUUAAAGGUUCAAAGCCGUUUUGCCCAAAUCUGUUUAAUUUUAUCAACUGUUCCUUGCUUCCUUUUUUUCUCAGAGAUAUAGUCCAGUGCAUGGCUAAAGCAGUUUACUUUCUAUUUUAAUUUGUUUUGGUGAUAUUUUAUAUUUAAAUGUUAUAAAUUAUUUAAGAUAGUACAUGUGCUCUCACUGGUAGAUAAAAUAAAAUAAACACGGUCGUGAUUUCACACUUUCUGUGUUUUCCAGACAUAUUUCAUUAAAGCUACUGAAGGCUUUUUUUUCCCUGUUUGCAUAGAAAAAUCCUAACAAUUGGGGUUUGGGAGUAUUCUUGAAAGUUUUACAAACUUGGAUUUACAUGAUUUUCUCAAAUUCUCCCAAUCCCCUCUGUGUUUGGUUUAGGCUAUAGUUAAGUGGAAAAAGUCCACUUUGCUUAAGUAUUCUCAAAAAUGUUUACAGUUGAGUGCAAAUCCUUGAACAAGAAAUAUUAUGUUGUUGAUAGUAUUUUUCAGGGAGAUACUGUUAUGUGAGGCUUUCUUGUAUGCAGAUUGAUUAUAAUGAUUUAUUCUAAGGAAACUGAUUUUUGUGCAGGACUACAUGUUUAACACCACAGGUUAUCAACAAUCAUGGGUUAGCUGUUUAUAAAAACUACCCCACAUGCAUGUGCUGUGAAACUGAAAUUUAGAUUUAAAAUAAUUGAUCAUACAAGUAACUUAAAUGAUGCAGCCCAGAGGAAAAACCGUUGUCAAGAUUUAUGAAAUCAGUGUACUUUCAUUAGGCAUCAGGGAUUGGAAAAUUCUCUGACAUCUCUGCAGAAUUCUCUAGCAAAGUUUUGAUGGCCUUAGAUAUUUUUUCAUAUUCUUUAUGAUAUGGAAGAUAAUUUCUGUGGCCUAUUAUUUAUGAUAUGGAAGAUUACUUCUAUAGCUAAUCUUAGAGUGGCAAAUUGGAUUUCAUGGUAAACAAAUAAGUAAUUGAUUGGGAACACUGUUGAUCACCGGUACCACCUUGAAAGAUGAGAUCCCUGCUCUUCUUUAAUGAACCACUGAAAGCUGUAGUUAAUUAAUAAGAUGCCAGAAAUUUUGCCAAAUCUUAUCAUAAAGUAAGUUGUUUGUGACAAGGACAAUUCUCUGUACCAAGCUUCCUGAUUUUUGCUUUAAUAACAACUGAGUUGAUAAAGUAAAUUGGCCUUGGUAAGGAUUUCCAAAAGUGAUGUUUCAAGCAUUAGUCCUCCUUCAGAGGGAAUAAUGAAGGCCAACACUGUAAUGACUCUGAGUGGGUUGCUGAAUUGAUUUUAUUCCAAUAAUUAGGACUUGUGUACACAAUAAUUUGGUUACUGACCCAAGCACAUGGAACACACUCUAACACACUCGCUAACACACUCUUGACGCGCAUGCUCACUCAUUUGCAUAAAUGCAUCUCAUUACAAACACUGGAAAUGUCAGCUUUAAAACUCUUUACAGUGGCCAAUUUACAUUAUCAACUCAGUUGAUAAUACCAAAUUACCCUGUUAUACUCUACCACUGAUGCAGCACCACAGUUUCUUUAGAAACUUACCCCCUUUAUUCAUUUGAUGUUUGCAUUGCUGAGUGAACAUGCUGACAUAUUAUUUUGUUUUCUGUGUCAAAGGUGGAUAUUACAUGCCUCAAUAAAUUUUGAGGAAUGGCCUGCUAGAAUCAUGCAAUAUGUCAAUAAGGCUUGAGUAUGAAAUAUUUUGUUUUUUUUAUUUAUUGACAUAUUUUUAUUUACUUUUAUAGGUUUCAGGUUUGGUUGGAAGGGCAGAUCUUCUUGGUGCUGUGUUUUUUAUCCUCUCAUUUCUUUUUUAUGUGAAAUGUUGUUCUGUUGGUGAGUAUUAAUCUAAAAUGUCAACAUAAUUUGUUUUGGGACUGUGUAGCCUAUAACAAGGCCAAUUUAAUGAUUGGUUGAUUGCUAUUUACUAUGUAUUCUGUUAGCUCUUGGAAUGGUGAGUAUUAUUGGUGAGUAUUAAUCUACAAUAUAAAUCUAUAAUGUAAACACAAUUUGUUUUGGGAUUGUGUAGCCUAUAACAAGACCAAUUUAAUGAUUGGUUUAUUGCUAUUUACUAUGUAUUCUGUUAGCUCUUGGAAUGGAAUUAAUCUUAUUAUUGUGAACAAAUCCUGCGAGAAAAGCUGUGUGUUCAAGGAUAUUCAGUUUUAACUCUUUACCUUAAGAGGGACCAGCUUCUAAUUUCUCCAUUUUGUAGUAUUGUUGAAUCACUCUUUUAGAUCACAAGAAUAGAGAAAAUGAUUGCCAAGCUAAGAAGCUUAAGUGUUGAACAAAUUCUCUUCGUCAAUAUUUAAGGAAAUGUAUGGAGAAGAGUUUGGAGAAUAUGGAAACUGAUUUUAGGGUGUAGAGGGUUAAGGAAUUAUGAUGAAAAGUAAAGACAGAUGUUGUUUAUCUUGUCACAAAUGUAGCAAAGAGAUAAAAUCUGAGUUCAUUAGGAGGAAUCAAACCCCAGACCUACAGAUUUUGCACUGUGAUGCUCUAACGCUGAGUUACAGAGAAGUCUAUGGCAUGCUAAGCCAUUGCAAGGUUCAUAUUCGAAAUAGCUAAAAAUGUUUGAUGUUUGCAGAUUCUGAUGACAAUGGAUCAACGUAUAAAUUGCCAUGGAAAUAUCUUUUGUCAAGCAUGGUAUCUUGCUGUAUAGCUAUGCUUUGCAAGGAGCAAGGAAUCACUGUUCUGGUAAUAUAACUCAUUUUAAUGAAGUGAACAUCAGUGAUAACCUUGGCUGCACCUCCUGUUCCACUUUUUUUGUUCUUACCUCAUUCUGAUGUCAUCUCCGAUCUAUCACUGAACAGAUGCAUGUCAACAUUGAAUCUAUUUGUUGAUUUGCUAUUCUAUUUCCAAUUUUUUUUUACACCAUUCUCCUGCACAAACAUUUUCUUAUGGAAAUCUUAAAAUCCUCAUUCAGACAUUUAAUCCCUCAUAAAAAAAUCUUGGACUUUUCAGUAACUUGUUUGAAGUGAUGGAAGUUGGACAGAAGAGUGAUGACAGUGAAAUAGUGGUUUAAGAUGUUCCAACACAAUCGUUAUACAUUCAGUGUUAUCUCUAUGUUUACUCACAGGGAGUCUGUUGUGUUUAUGAUUUAAUUGUGGCUUGUGAAAUCGACCCUGCCUCUCUCUUGACGAAAGUCUCCUCAAAGGUCUCUUCACCUGAGAAGAGAAAUGGAGUUGAUUCAAAGGUAAAAAUAGAGAAUUCUGUUUCAUUCAUCAAAGCCUUCUUAUAAAAGCUUCUUAACUAGCAAGGGGUUCCUUGAAUGCAAGUUACAGUACCAAUCUGCGUUCACCAUCAUAAGGGCCUACAGAAUAUCCUUUUAAAUAAUUAAAACCAGGUUUAAUUUUUAAUCCUGGGUAAUUGCUUAUGACUUUUUUUGUGACAAUGACAUUGAAAAUUGAUGGUAUUGUCCAUGACAGUGGCAAUGCUAAAGACAAUGACAAUGACAGUGGUAGUGACAGUUACAGCGGCACAGAGACAGAGACAUGGAUGGUAAUUGUGACUUUGACAAUGACAGUGACAUGGCAAACAUCAAUUACACUGACACUGACAAUGAUAGUGACAGUUACAGUGGCACAGAGAUAGAGACAUGGACGGUAAUUGUGACUUUGACAAUGACAGUGACAUGGCAAACAUCAAUUACACUGACACUGACAAUGAUAGUGACAGUUACAGUGGCACAGAGAUAGAGACAUGGAUGGUAAUUGUGACUUUGACAAUGACAGUGACAUGGCAAACAUCAAUUACACUGACACUGACUAUGAUAGUGACAGUUACAGUGGCACAGAGAUAGAGACAUGGAUGGUAAUUGUGACUUUGACAAUGACAGUGACAUGGCAAACAUCAAUUACACUGACAAUGACAAUGAUAGUGACAGUUACAGUGGCACAGAGAUAGAGACAUGGAUGGUAAUUGUGACUUUGACAAUGACAGUGACAUGGCAAACAUCAAUUACACUGACAAUGACAAUGAUAGUGACAGUUACAGUGGCACAGAGAUAGAGACAUGGAUGGUAAUUGUGACUUUGACAAUGACAGUGACAUGGCAAACAUCAAUUGCACUGACAAUGACAAUGAUAGUGACAGUGGCACAGAAACAGACAUAGAUGUUGACUGUGAUUUUGAAAAUCCCAAUGACAUUGCAAACAUCAAUUACACUGACAGUGACAGUGAUAGUGACAGUUACAGCAGUACAGACAGACAUGGAUGUUGACUGUAAUUUUGACAAUGACGAUGACAUUGCAAACAUUAAUAACACCUACAAUGGCAAUGAUAGAGACAGUUACAGCGGCACAGAGACAGAGACAUGGAUGUUGAUUGUGAUUUUGACAAUGACGACGACAUUACAAACAUUAACAACACUAAUAAUGGCAAUGAUAGAGACAGUAAGAGUGGCACAGAGACGGAGACAUGUAUGUUGACUGUGACUUUGACAAUGAAGAUGACAUUACCAACAUCAAUAACACCAACACUGGCAAUGGAAGUGAUAGUGGCAAUGAUAACGACAAGGACCACGAUAAUGACAACGACACAAUCAUUGACUUCGAUAAUGAUAGUAACAGUAAAAGCGGUUACGAUAACAGCAAGAAUAAUUAUAAUGAUAAAGAUACAUAUAGUCACAUUGAUACUUUUAGUUUAUUUUUAAACUUAAUAACAACGAUGAUAAUUAAACAAAACAAAAUUAGAAUUAGGAGAUGGUGAUCUUUACCCUUAAUGAAGCAAUUCAACUGAUUACGAAAGUGGAGAAUUUAACUUGGGACUUCCUGCUGAUUCAAAGGAUAGACAACGUUAUCUACUGAAUAAAUCGCUCUAAGAUUGAGAGCGCAGUACGUUUUAUUGACAUCUAUCUGGACAGCGAUUUAUCCUUUGGAUAGCGUUAUCUUCCUUUUGAACAACUGGGCUCAAUUAUCAAACCGCUUUUAAGCUUUAGACUAUCUCCUCACUGAUGCUAAUUAUGCUGCUCUCUUUGUCGUAGGAGAAAAAUGAAUCAACCCUCUGGAUAAAGCUUGCUUAUCGCCAGAUAGUCCUGUUCCUUGCCGGAAUAACUCUUCUAGUCGGUCGCUGGCGCAUCAUGGGGUCUUCUCCUCCAGUUUUCCAAGUAGUGGAUAAUCCUGCAUCCUUUGAGGAGUCUCUUAUUAUGAGAGUGAGCAAUACUCUGUAUACAUAUUUACUUUUGAAUAUUUUUAUUUGAAAUGCAGUCUUGGGCUUGCUGUUUGAAAUUUGAGAAUUGGAACAAAACAACAAAUGUUCUAACCGUACAAAAUUGGAAAAUUAGGUAGCGUAUGGAAGUGCUUCUCAUGCACAUGAUUUUAUCAACGAACACAUAUGGAGUUUUACGUAAUUUUUUUCCCUCAGACUUUAGAUUCCGGCACCAUCUAGAACUGCAACACAAAUUUACCAGCUUGUGUAAGCGAAAAUAGUGCUUCAGUUACAAGGUCUCACGCUCAUGAGUUUCAAACGAGGAGUUUAAAGGUGUUCCUUCACGAUGUAUCCAGGCGGGUAACCGGUCAAGUCGCCCGAGGGUCAUCUCGCCUGAGGCCAUGUCGCCCAAAACCUGAGUCAUGUUGCCCGAAAUUUUAGUUAUGUCGCCCGAAAAAAAAAGUCAAGUCGCCUGAAGAAACAAAUACUAAAAAGAUCAGAAUUUCAGACUGUAAAUAGGCAAUAAAGUUGAGAAAUUUUAUCACUAAUGUGCUCUUUGUUUCCGACAACACCAUGAAGAUUAUAAAAGUGUUGUUCGUUCCUAACAACAAAGGGAAAAGGUAACUUUCGGGGCUCUAGAGAAAGUUUCAGGAUAGAAAAGACUGACAAGGAUUAUGCCUAAACCAAGAUAUCAGAUAACUUGAUAUCUUAAGUUGUGACAAGAAAUCAAUACUUUUCGUUGUUCACAGGUCAUCAACUACAACUACCUGUACGCUAUCAAUGCGUGGCUCCUGAUUGUACCACAAUGGCUGUGUUUUGAUUGGUCCAUGGGAUGCGUGCCGUUGAUCAACUCCUUGUCUGAUCCGCGCAUGCUUUGUAUCGUCGGUCUGUGGACAGUGUUACUGGUGCUUAUCGCUUACUGUGUUUUCGGGAAGAGUUUACCAAACAAACGGUAUGUUUUAACGACAUUGCCGGUUUUCAAGCUAUGCAGGAUAAUCUACAUCUAGGUGGCCUUUUUUUAUACCACCCAUCGCCCACUUUCGCUGGGUUGUGGCUUUGGAAGGAGACCAAAUAAUUACAUCAACUAGCAACUUUACCUACGAUAUAUUUCCAAUCCAUAAAGGCCAUGGCCUACCUUUGAAAUACCAUUCUUCGUUAAGGGUUUGCUCAAUGUCUUCUUAGGAUUCUGACGCUGGGAUUAGCCUUCGUGGUUGUACCGUUUCUUCCUGCGACGAACAUCUUCUUCAGAGUUGGUUUUGUUGUGGCUGAAAGAGUUCUGUAUCUCUCUAGUAUCGGUUCCUGUCUCCUCACUGUCCUCGGGUUUACUUUGCUAAGCAAGUUCCCACUGGGAAAGAAGGUGAGUAAGGGCCACACUUUGGAUAUUUGGAGUCUCUCUCGUGUUCAGCAUGCUCACACGGCUUGCAAUCCUUAAAACUCAGAUAUGGACCCCCACAUAGAGACAUCCAGGAACCCACGAUGGAAAACGAUGCUUUGGAGAAGAGGGGAGGAAAUGAAGCGAGGAAUGCAUAGGAAGCCGCCACGCUUAAACACAUAGAAAUAUACCUCGUGUUGUCGCAGAACAAGUGCACAGAGUUUGAACCAAACUCUGAUACCUCUGAUCUCUAUAAACAUUCCAGCGAAGCGCUUUUUGUUAUUAACCUAGAUUAACUGCAUUUAUAUAUUAAAGAAGUUUUCUUAUCCUUUAAGGUUAUAGGAUUCGGUAUGGUCUUGCUCAUAGCUCUGUAUUUGUCGCGAACAAUACAGGUAAGGUGUGAAUCUAUGCAGCUUUUUCUUUAAAUACUUCAGAUUACUUUGAAUACGAGAAUAUCAACGGUAUAUUGCGCUUUGUUUUUCAGAGAUCAGGUGAAUGGAUAAAUGAAGACACGUUAUUUACGUCAGGAUUGUCAGUUUGCCCGCUUAAUGCUAAGGUAAUACAUUUGAAUUUUGAAGGAAAUUUGAUAUCAUUUGUUCUAGUUUGGAUUUAGUCAAAGUUCAUGGGAUUUUCAUACGAUUUUGCGUGCCUUUAAGUCAAGGUUCAAGCUUGUUUGCAACGAAGAACUGAUCAGUGUGCUGCAACACCCUCUGAAGUAAACGAAAAGGUUUCUUUCUCAUUGCAUGCGCUCCAAAAAGCUGUGUCGAACAUUUGUUAAACGCGUUGCAAUAAGUAAUAACGGUAGGCAACAAAUCCGGUACCAACUGCCUCGUGAAAGCUGAAUUCGAGCCAAGUGUCUUGGCGAACUAACUUGUGUGUGUUAAACUGUUCAUUUGCACCUUAAACAGGUGCACUAUAACGUUGCUAAAGUACGAGGAGAAAAGGGACGAAUUGAAGCUUCCGAAGCAUUUUAUAGAGAAGCUAUCAGGUAAAGAUCUUUGUCAGCUAUAAUGAUCUGUUGUCUGUUGCUUUGUGCUCAAAUCUGGCGUGUAAAUACUAUUAUAUGAACUAUAUAAAGCGGAGCAGGCCAUAACUACCGCAGAUCUUCUGUUGAGAUCUUCUUGACCAAUUUUCUUGCCGCACGAACUCGCAGACAGCUAUUUUUUAUACCCACGAGAAGCGGAGCAUUUUGAGAGUGAAAUGUCUCGACAUGAGAAUAGACUUCUGUUUCAGAUUAAUUAGCAAUUAUUUCAUGAGUAUGUGUCUGAUUGGCUAUAACCAAUCUCGUAUCCAACAAGCGCGAAUGGAAUGACUUUUAUUGAGUUGAAUUUUCCACAACGCACAAGAGUAGUGUUUGUUUCCAGCCAAAAGUAGAUUUAGCUCUACAACACUUGGGUAAUUCAUUUUCCAUAUAAGUUGAAUCGGCAUAUGAGCUGAUAACCGGAGCUGAGUGAAUCACUCAGACCACUAGAAAUGCAAUUUCUGGAAUCUGAAAUUUUAAAAUUCCGAAUAUCUUUGCACUCCUCUUGGAGCUCACGCUGCUCACAACUAUACGUCUCCACUUUUUUUCCGAAUAUAUCUCGCUUUCAUGGGAGUGCUCUCUGAAUUUAACGUCCUUGAUUGAACACAAUGCAAUGAUGAUACUUAAGUGUUAGUGAAAACUUACCAGUACUCCCCAUGUCAUGUUCGAGAUGACUGUCCUAAGUUCACAUAACCUCCUCCAACCUACACACUGGGUUCUAGCGUAAGCUAGAACCCAGUGUGUAGCUCUUUUCCAACCCGAGACGUUUGUUUUCAUUAUUUAUCGCGCAGGUUGAAUCCAACGUAUGAUCAAGCGUUGAAUAAUCUGGGAAACCUAAUAAAGGUAAACGUAUAUUUUCCUACAGCUAUAGACGAUGCCUGUAACACCAGCGCCGUCUUUCCUUUGUGACGCUUCGAAAUACUUCUGUUUCUGAUUGGGCGUAGUUAUUGAAAAUUCUUUUCUUCCUUCAAAUUUUAAUUGGAUAAAAAUCAAGUUAUCAGGAAGUCUACCCGGUGGUUUACCAAGAUUGGUGUUGGUUUCUGAUUCAAUAUAUUGAAAAUUAAAUGGGAAAAUCUUAGUAAAUUUGUGUGUCAAAAGACCCUCAUAAAGAUUUCUAGUGUAAGCAUUAAUUUGCUUGAUUCUGAAUCAUACGGACAAGUUUUUGAAAUUUACGGAGUACAAUUGGAAUUUUUUUUUUCUGGGGAAACAUAAAGAGGAUGAAGAAGAAAAAAACAUUCCAAAAUUGUCGUCGAUGUGUGUGUGUAUGUGUCACUUUGAUUUCUACUGACUGGCCUCUGGGGGAAUUUUCAAUCAGUUAACUUGAUACGUUAUUUUCCUCGGGUGUGUUUCUUCUUAAAGAAUGAAGGCUUACUAAGAGAUCAUUCUCUGUUUAAAGGACAACGGCAGAUACGAAGAGGCAGAAGCACUUUUAGAGAAAGCUAUAGAAAUUAGGUUAGUGCUGAAGCGAGGUACAACGUUUUAUUUAUAACAUUUAUCUCAUGACUCAGGUCUAUUCUCAGUAAUUGCCAUAGAUUUGACUUCUAGUGAUAAUUUCUAAGUGUUAACCCUAUGAGUGACCAGCAUCUAAUUUCUCUUUACAAUAAUACUGCCCAAUUAUUCAUUAAGAUCAUGAUAGCCAACCUACGAAGUUUUGAUUGUUAAACGAAUUCUCCGUUUUAGUACCAAAGGAAAUGUAAAGAGGAGUGUAUAGAGAAUAUUGAUACUCAUGUUGGGGUGUAAAAGAUCGAUAACGAACCUUUUAAGCAUCGAUUAUUUAUCGUCUAUUUCCUUAACCUGUUUAUCAUUCAUGUUUUCGGUCAAUCUGUAAACCGUGAAAUCUGCUGUGUGCUUUUAUUUGAAACAGGAAUGAUUUUGCCGCUGGUUGGAUGAACCUUGGAACUGUCAAAGCAGCUCUGCAAAAACCCGAUGUAAGUAACCAAGAAAUAAGAAAUUAUGUAACAUUCCAGAAUUUUGCCUGACUCUAUUCUAGAAUCAUCUAGCGAGAUCUAUUGUAGCCCUCAAUGUAAUCUUUUGUGGCCCCUAGCGCGAUCUUUUCUGGCCCCUAGCGUGACUUGCGUCCCAACGGUUCUGUCACCUCUUCCAUAUUGUCAUGAUAACUCCUAGCCUUGGAUUUUUCCUAAUUUUUUACUCUAAACUUUAUUUUAAGGAGGCAGAAAAGUGUUACAGCAAUGCCAUACGCUACAGACGGAAAUAUCCAGACGCAUAUUUCAAUCUUGGAAAUCUGGUAAGAAUUUUACUGUGUGUUUAUUAACAAGAGUUCACAUGACACUUGUUUUCUUUUUGGAUUAUUUACGUUGUCAUUUUUCCUUCAGUACAUAGACCAAGAAAAGCACAAAGAAGCCAUUGUAGCGUUUAAGAUGGCUGUCAAUAUAAAGAACAAUCACGUGGGCGCGUGGAUGAAUCAUGCUUUGCUAUUGGAGAAGUCAGGUAAACGUUUAAUGAGAGAGCUUUAGGCUACUCCCGGCACAAAGCCUUUUACUGUGUUAUUUUAGAAGUGAAAACUAUCGUGGUCUGUUGCUAGCGCGAAAAAAUUUGAAACCCUGAGGAGCGACUAUGAAGUACAGGCUCGAAGGAACCACGAUAAGGCAAAUUUUAAUUCAUUUGUAUUCCGUUCCUCCUUUACACACUUAUUAGUUUCUCAACAGGGAGGGGUCUGGGUACGCGGCAUGUGAAAAUCUGCAACCGGUGUCAAGGGCGGGAAUACGUGUGACAUUUCGAACGGGCGGGAAACGUGUGACAUUUCGGAAGGGCGGGAAACGUGUAGACAGUGCUAAGGGCGGGAAAUCGUGUCGCUGGUGGCAAAGGGCGGGUGAAAAGUUAGAGGAUGCCAAAGAAUUAAAAGUGACGUCAUAAAAUGUCUUCGACAGGGCAUGAGGGAAAUCAUAACUUUCUCAUGAACGAUUAUUGUGACAAUUCAAUUUUUCCUCUUUUUUUAUCGCGCAAUAGCUCUCUAUGUUUAAAAAUGAAUGUAGGUCAAUUUCCCUUUACAGAAUUUGGAAUAGUAGUUUAGAUAAUCGCAGAGGAAGCUUUUGCGUUACUAGCUCCUCUUCUAUUUUAACAACGAUCAAGGGGAAUUUGGUUCAUUUCUUUUGGUGUCCAAGUAGGUUAUGGGUUUAAUAUUUUUAUAAGCUGAUUUUAUUUGGGGCUCAAUAUAGAAGAAAUAUUUCGAUUAAUUGUUUUAAAGCCAAAACUGAGGUGAUACAACAGCCAAUCAUGGGAAAGGGAAUUAUUGCAUGAAACCAAUGAGAACUCAAAAUGUAAACAAGCAAACAGCUCGUAGCGCGGGAAAACGCGAGUGCCCAGGUCGUAAUUGUUUUUAGUCUUAGUCUGACUGGUUGAGAGAGGGACGCAAGUUUUCUGGACCAAUCACACAGCGAAGAAAAGCAAAAUAAAAGCAAUCCUGGAUUGCUUUCGACACUGAAUCGAAAAAUGAUGAUGUUUUGUUUAGUUUUUUUGUGUGUAUAUGUGAGUGCGCGUUUUUCCAUUAGGUAAUAGAGAUGAGGCGAUAUCUGUUCUUCUGGAAGCAAAAAAGUACAUUGGCAAUGAAUCAACAGUUUACUUCAACCUUGGUAACAUGCUGGGACAGAACAACAAAUUCCAGGUACAUGACUGGAUAUAGCCAGUAAGCAGGUUCUCAUUUGCUUUGUACCUGCGCGUUCUGAGCCCGCGAGAAAGGCGAGUGCGCAUGAGGUCAGCGAAAGUUCUGGCACGAAAGUGAUUUUAAAAGCCCAACCCCUUACAAACCUCUCGCACGCUUGCUCCGCUCGCCGGGCUAAAUCUCGUAAGCUUCAACGCUUAUGCCGCAGCGCGAAUGAAAGCCUGCGCGCCGGCAUGAAAGGUUGAGGUAAGUACAUUUUUAUGCAUUCGAAAAUAGAUUUUCUUUAGGGUUAGGGUUAGGGCUAUUGAUUUGUCAUCCGAAAAAUAAAAACAAACAAAAAACCAAACACUCAAACACAAAAUCCGAACUUUGAAAGCUGAUAUUUCAUUAUAUUUUACUCAACUUCAACAAUCGAAAAUGGCAAGGUUGUAACACCCAAUAGUAGGUCUGAACUUCUUGACCAAAAAGGAGAUUUGUUUGAUGUACGCCAUAUAUAAUGACCUAAUCGAUUGGAGCGUUUUUGAUUUACAGGAGGCCGAGCAACAGUUUCUGGAAGCUCUCAAAUUAAGCCCAAAUUCUGCUGAAAUUCAUGGCAAUCUAGGUAAGAAUUUCAUACUCAGUGAUGCAUGUUUAACAGUGACAUAUAUUCAUAUUACUGGAAGGUAACAAAAAACUGGUCUUACACUGUCUACACCUACAAGAGCAAGAUAUUGAUUACAACAGAGAUUUAUAUCAAUAGCACUCUUGUCGAAUUCGCUGAUGAUCUCACUAGGAUUUGAAAGUAAGCGAUCUAAAAACCGUUAGGGAGGUAAGGGUAUCAGGGAAAUAAUCGAGAGCUCGGCGUAUCCAGUUAAGAAGUCAGUGGGAUGGAUACUUGGGAAGGAAAGGGGAGAUGGAGGUAUCUGGUCACAAAGACGGAAGUGGGGUAUCCGUGGGGAUAGGUGAUGGAAAUACUUGGGUAAGAAGUGUGAGUUGCGGGGGAGGAGAGAAUUGAGAAAAAUGGGGUGGUGAGAUAUACGGUAAAGAAGGAGAAGGAGGGGGUAUCUGGUAAAUGGAAGACAAUUUCCAAGAAAGAAAUAAUAUCGUAAAAUUUCAUUUUAGGAAAGCUAAGCCCAGUUUGAAUGCGAACUUGCCUUUUUUUCGCUUUUUUAAACAGGUGUGUUAUACCACAGAUGGGGAAAACACAGCAAAGCAGAGAAAUGCUACACAAAGGCAUUGCAGUUGGAUCCACAAAGCGAAAAUGUGCACGAAAACCUUGAAAAACUAAAAAGAACGAAACGGCAUUUAGCCAACGGAAGAUCCAAAGGGCGAUGAGAUAAACGAGAAAAAUUAUUUUUGUAUACGGUUGAAUAUUUUGUUAAAUUUCUAGAUCUGGUCCAGGUUGUUUGAAGUAAUAUAUCAAACACGAGGAAGAGUGUUUCAUCCGAUAUCUAAACACCGAGAAGUGGUUGAAAAAACGAGGCGCAACCGAGUUUUUGUUUUAACCAACUUCAAGGUGUUUGGAUAUCGGAUUAAACAACCUUUCGAAUUUUUGAUAUAGCUUCUCAAACCAUUGAUAAUUCUUGGAGAAAAUCAAAGCAAAAGUUCACCAAAUUUUAUGAUAAUUAAGAUCACAUAUCCAAACCUCCUUCACGGUUGUAAUUUCCUUUGUUUUCUCAGCAUGAAUUAGUAAUGAGUUUAAGAAGGGUAGAUAACGCUAUCCACUGGAUGGCCAGUAUCCACUAGAUCCAGCUUUCAGUGCGUUUUGUUAACACUUAUCCGUUGGAUAGAGUUAUCCGCCCUUUAUACAACUGGAACCUGUUUAACGUUUUACUUUUUGUGAGAUCUCAAAGUUAAUUUGAGAUUGCACAGCUUUCGCUGCUCAGUUGGGUAAAAUGCAUAGUUACCUUCAAGUUUUGGCAACUUUGAAAAAGAUUUAUUGUUCUGCACUUAUUAUUAUUUUUUUUCAUUGAAUAGCAUGUAAUGCUGACUUAUUUAUCUUUAGUCAAAUUUUUUCUCGAAUAAAACGAAGCAAAUAACCGCG